UGAUGUAACGUCUAUUUCCUGGUCGGCAAGGGUCACACAUGAUUCCUGGGUCCCGGUGGAUGGAGACCGGUUGUUGAGUGUCAAAAUCUGAAUCUGGAACCUUAAAGAACUGAAGAAGGAUGCUUCGAACACUCUUUCGGACAGGUGGCGCUCUGUUGCAGCAAUCCCAGCGAAGGGCACCAAGACUGUGGGUGACACCUGCUCAACAGCGAUGGGCUUCCAGCCUGCCGAUGAAUACGAUGGUGCUGUUUGUGCCACAACAAGAAGCCUGGGUGGUGGAACGAAUGGGUCGCUUUCAUCGGAUCUUAGAGCCGGGUUUAAAUUUCCUUAUACCUGUGCUCGACCGGAUUCGCUAUGUGCAAAGUCUUAAAGAAAUUGUCAUCGACGUCCCAGAGCAGUCUGCUGUUUCGCUUGAUAAUGUAACUUUACAGAUCGAUGGGGUUCUUUAUUUAAGAAUCCUUGAUCCUUUCAAGGCCAGUUAUGGUGUUGAGGAUCCAGAAUAUGCAGUCACACAGUUGGCACAGACCACCAUGCGUUCAGAACUUGGCAAGCUGACACUGGACAAAGUAUUCAGGGAAAGAGAAUCCCUUAACUUAAACAUAGUCCACUCCAUUAACCAAGCGUCUGAUGACUGGGGCAUCCGGUGUCUUCGUUAUGAAAUCAAAGAUAUACAUGUUCCGCCUCGUGUGAAGGAGUCAAUGCAGAUGCAGGUGGAGGCUGAACGUAAGAAGAGAGCUACUGUUCUGGAGUCAGAGGGAACAAGGGAGGCAGCCAUUAAUGUGGCUGAGGGCUGUAAACAAGCUCAGAUUCUGGCCUCUGAGGGUGAAAAAGCUGAGCAGAUCAAUAAAGCCACAGGUGAAGCACAAGCAGUUCUGGCCAAAGCUGAAGCGAAAGCAAAAGCUAUCCGAAUGCUCUCUGAUGCACUGACUGAGCAGAACGGGAAUGCUGCAGCGUCUCUCAGUGUCGCUGAGCAGUAUGUGGCUGCUUUCUCCAACCUUGCCAAACAAACCAACACAGUCCUCCUACCGUCAAAUACUGGCGAUGUCCCUGGCAUGGUCACACAAGCGAUGACCAUUUAUAGUGCUCUGGCAAAGACGACAUCCAACCAAACACCGUUUGCAGUUGAAGAGAAGAGUGAAGAGAACAACAAAGAGACGUCUAAAGAUUGAGGAAAAUUCAAAUAUGAAAUUGAAAUAAAUAUGAAUGUUUAAAGGUGAAACUGAUGAAGUAAUUUAUGUUAUGAGAAUACCAGUUGGGACAAGAACAAAAUAUUUUGUAGGAUUUAUAUUUUUCACGUAAUUUUCCUCCUUUUGUUUGCGCUGAUUGGCUUUGCAAAUAAAAAUUACUGAUAGGAACAUUGAUGCAGGGUUGUUCCACCUGUCUUCUGCGUUAUUGGGACCAGAGACUUUUCACCGUGUAAUAUACCCGCAAUAAAGAGAGUUGCGGUUUCCCAAUUGCACCUGUUAAAUCUAACUGUAGCUAUCGAGAGAAGUUAAAGUAAAUGCUUGUCAUAUUGGUGGUAUUUCUUUUUUUUCCUCCAAGAUGACAAAAUGUUUGAAAAUAAAAUUGAAGUCCCGAAAAGUUGUGGCUUACGAUUUUGAUGAGGGUGUGGAAUUUUUUUUAAUGCACUUGUUUGAA